GUAGACAGCCACCAUUUCAAGAUGAUAAAUGACAUUCAGGAUUUGAAAAUCAGCACCUUUGAGAACAGAAUGUUAAUGCUUGAUGGGAUGCCGGCAGUCAGAGUCAAAACAGAGCUGUUGGAAUCUGAACAAGGGUCUCCAAACGUCCACAACUACCCGGAUAUGGAAGCCGUUCCCCUUUUGUUAAAUAACAUGAAAACGGAGCCCCCGGAGGACUCAUUAUCCACAGAUCACUUCCAAACACAAACUGAGCCAGUGGACUUGUCAAUAAACAAAGCCAGGACGUCCCCUACAGCAGUUUCAUCCUCCCCAGUUUCCAUGACAGCCUCUGCCUCCUCUCCUUCCUCUACUUCAACUUCUUCAUCAUCGUCCUCUAGUCGUCCAGCCUCAUCCCCAACCGUUAUCACGUCAGUAUCUUCAGCAUCAUCUGCGCCAACAGUAUUAACUCCAGGGCCUCUUGUGGCCUCUGCAUCAGGUGUGGGUGGUCAGCAGUUUUUGCACAUUAUCCAUCCAGUACCACCUUCAAGCCCCAUGAAUUUACAGUCUAACAAACUGAGUCAUGUUCACCGCAUCCCAGUGGUGGUGCAGUCGGUGCCUGUUGUCUAUACAGCUGUGCGGUCACCUGGAAACAUGAAUAACACUAUAGUAGUGCCGUUGCUGGAGGAUGGGAGAAGCCAUGUCAAAGCACAAAUGGACCCCAGAGGCCUAUCUCCCAGACAAAUUAAAAGUGACAGUGAUGAUGAUGACCUGCCAAAUGUGACCUUAGAUAGCGUUAAUGAAACUGGAUCUACAGCCCUUUCCAUAGCCAGAGCAGUACAAGAUUCAAUUUCACCCUUCAGUAUUGAGAGCACAAGACGCCAGAGACGGUCUGAAUCUCCAGACUCCAGGAAACGGCGUAUCCAUAGAUGCGAUUUUGAGGGAUGCAACAAAGUGUAUACGAAGAGUUCUCACUUGAAGGCCCAUCGGAGGACGCACACAGGAGAAAAACCAUACAAAUGUACCUGGGAAGGCUGUACCUGGAAGUUUGCUCGUUCGGAUGAACUGACAAGGCAUUACCGCAAACACACGGGAGUGAAGCCAUUCAAAUGCGCAGACUGUGAUCGUAGUUUUUCCCGAUCAGAUCACUUGGCACUGCACCGUCGGAGGCACAUGCUAGUCUGA